AUGAAAAGUCUACUGACAUUCGUGCUUUUAUCCAUCUGUGGUAUUCUGGUUGUGGUGACCGGUGAAGAUAAUUAUGGGCAGGUGUACUGCGGGAGGAGACUGGCCACGACAUUGGCUCUGUUGUGCGAUAACACGCUACUGGUAAAGAGGACAGAAAUGAGCGUGGGAGGCUACGACUGGCCCUGGAUUGGUCUCCGGCAGGCGAGGAGCUUGGGCAGGAGUAAGCGACAGGUGGUUGCCGAGUGCUGCGAGAAACCUUGUACUAUUGACGAACUACUGUCUUAUUGUUGA